GAGCGGGGCUCCAGGACAAUGUCCCUGCCGCUGCAUUACUGGGUCCUGAGCUGUGUGCUCCGGCCUUGGCGCUAGAAGGAGGCAAAGCAGGCGGUACCUUAGCACGACCUACCUGGGCAGAGGUCACGACGACGGGCAACAAACACGCCCGCCCCAACCCGUAGUCCUCCAAACAACAAGAAAACAAAGAAACAAAACCGUCCUUCAACAGUGAACAGGACAGGGCAGCCGGGCGGGCUCUCGGUCUCCGGCAGAGGCCGCUGCAGCCGCCGCGGGACGCCGAGUCACCGGACCGCGUGGCCUUCUAGUCGCGCCUCCGCGCCGCCCGCCACCUGCAGCCUACCUGGAGAAUUAGUACCCCAAAGAAAACCUGAUGAAACCUCUUCAGAUUGUCACAAGCCAAUUAAUCGCUCAGCUGUGUCGGGGCCAGAAGCCUCCAGCCUCCCCACAAAGCAAGAUUUGCCUCAUGAUGGCGCGUCCAAAUUCCAAUAUGGCAGAUUUUCGGAAGUGCUUUGCCAGCGCCAAGCACAUAGUCAUCAUCUCUGGGGCUGGCAUCAGUGCUGAAAGUGGGAUUCCCACGUUCCGAGGAGCUGGCGGUUACUGGAGAAAGUGGAAAGCCCAGGAACUGGCCACCCCCGAGGCCUUUGCCCGCAACCCCUCGAGGGUGUGGGAGUUCUACCACUACCGGCGCGACGUCAUCCUGACCAAGGAACCCAACCCUGGGCACCGCGCCAUCGCCGAGUGUGAGGCCCGGCUGAGCAGGCAGGGUCGCCGGGUCGUGGUCAUCACCCAGAACAUCGACGAGCUGCACCGCAGGGCUGGCACCAAGAACCUGUUGGAGAUCCACGGCACCAUAUUUAAAACUCGGUGUACUUCUUGUGGAUCUGUGGUUAAGAAUUACAAGAACCCCAUUUGUCCAGCAUUAUCAGGAAAAGGUGCUCCUGAACCUGAAGCUGAAGACACCAAAAUCCCACUUGAAGACCUUCCCCGGUGCGAGGUGGCAGGGUGCAGGGGCCUGGUGCGACCCCACGUGGUGUGGUUUGGAGAAAACCUGGAUCCUGCCAUUUUGGAGGAGGCUUCCAGAGAGCUGGAGCUCUGCGACUUGUGUCUGGUGGUGGGGACUUCCUCUGUGGUCUACCCAGCUGCAAUGUUUGCCCCCGAGGUAGCGGCCAGGGGGGUGCCAGUGGCCGAAUUUAACACGGAGACCACCCCGGCCACCAACAGAUUCAGGUUUUACUUCCAGGGACCUUGUGGGACGACGCUUCCCGAGGCCCUUGCUCCUCAUGAAGCUGAAACUACUUAAGUGUCCAGAGGGAAGAAGAGAGGACCCAGCCACAGACAGGAAAAAACAUGAGGACGGUGUGCUGCAGAUCCAAGAUCCAAAUGCUCUGCUUCCUUGGUUGGGAUCCGACUAUUGCUAAAUUACUGGGCUUGGGAGAAGUCAAAGAAAUAUAAAGUUAAAGAUGUCUGUUAGGUACUGAAAUGUGUCUUGCAUUUGUGCUUGCUUAUUGGGAAGGAACAAUUUGUAAUGAGAUUGUCUUUAAAGUAUU